GCAUUACCAUCAUGAUUUUAUUUGCUGUAGUGGGUAACCUAUUGGUUAUCAUGUCUUACAUACGUGAUAAACAACUGAGAAUUGUCAUGAACGUGUAUCUUUUAAACCUAGCCAUUGCCGACUUUCUCAUCGGUAUUAUCAGCAUGCCACUAUACGCUGCUUAUACGGUUCGCGACUACUGGCCUUUCGGAAAAGCCUUUUGUAAGCUGUUUCUUAUCAACGACUACACGAUGUGCAAUGAAACUGUACUUCUUACAUUGUUAAUCAGUCUGGACCGCCUGCUUCUUGUGAAAUUGGGUGCCUCUUACACAGUCAAAGAAACUAUGAAAACAGCUUACAUUAAAAUAGGCAUUUCGUGGAUAUUGGCCUUUUGUAUUUAUGGACCAGCAAUCAUAAGUUGGGAUCUGGUGCGUGGUUAUCCUCUAGUUGAAGAAACUGAAUGCGAUGUAGAAUUUUUCGAUAAUUUUGAAUACGUUUUAAUCACUGCCAUUUGUGAAUUUUUCAUCCCUUUUAUACUGUUAGUCGUGUUCAACUCUAUCGUAUAUUAUGAAAUUAAAAAAAGGGGAAAAGUGGUUCCUAAUAGUCAAAGGCCUAUGAGCAUCUCCACCAUUCACGACCAAACUAGGCUGUCUGACAAAUCUACCCAGCAGUCCGAAAAACCCUCAACUAAACUUAUAACAGCUAAAAGGAAUCUGCGUGCUGCUAAAGCUCUAGGAGUUCUGGUUGUGGCUUUUGCGUUGUGUUGGGGGCCCUUUUCUAUAGCAAAUAUACUGAUCGCAUUUUGCAAUGAUUGUGUGAACUUUCAUCUUUAUGAGAUUACAACUUAUUUAUUGUGGUUGAAGUCGUCUAUCAACCCCUUGCUUUAUGCCUUCAACAGUGUCAGAUUCAGAAACAACUUUGCACAGUUAAUAUCAUGCAUGUGUCCAUGUUACAGGGCAAAAAGAAAGCAAGCUAGUGUGACGGACAGUCAGAAAUUGUAAUUCAGUUAAAUAUAUGAUCGUGGGAAAAGCAUUCAACCAACUGGAACACAGGGAAACCUGUACUUGAUUAACAAGAAAAUGCAGAAUCACGGUAGUCAACGCUCUUACAGUUUACUGGACGCCUGGCCCCACAUGGCGAGUAGCCAUUGUCGCGCAGCCAUCCAUUUCAAAUUCCGGACACUACUUUUAAACGACACCCCAUAGGGUAGGGAAUGACGAUAUUUUUUCACCCCUUCAAAACGGCUGUGUAUUGAGGACAGUAAGUUACUGAUUAUGAAAGAAGAGUUCAAUCUUGUGACUAGAAAAGUAGAAUUACGCGGAUCAAUCGGGUAUGGGAUGCACAUUUCUGUCCAUGAUCUUCGUAACAGAGUUUGUGUUACUCCGCUGCUCACUGAUGACGUCUUUCGGCAUUUUACACGAUCAACCCCAUUGCUGUAGUCACCCCUACCCAUGAUACAUUAAAAUUUGGUUGUAUUUGUAGAAGUGAACAUCGAAUUUGUUCUAGUUAUCUUAGUUACAAGCCAGAAGCUGGGCCAGAUUUUUAUGACUUUUGUUCGACCCAUCGGUGUGGCUGAAAAUAUUUCUAGAAAUUCAAUAAAUCAUCCAUGUUGCCGAAAUGAGCUCAUACGCGCGAAAACCCUGCUAACCAGAUAUUAUCGAAUUAUUUUCUUAAUUUAGGAUUUUAUUUUGUCGCGGAUUCAGAGAUGACAACUGGCAAUAAUUGCUGACCGACUGAUCAGCCAAUGAAAUCGCUGCAAUUUGCUGUGAUCUUUAAAGGUAAACAAAACCUCUCCUUUUGAUUGAUGUUCUAGGAAGGUCCAUUGUUUUAUUUCCAACAUACAGAAAGUGGGUUUGUCUAUUUAAUUGUGACUACACGUCAGCCAUAAAUUUCGAAUGUAGGACAUACUAUAAAUUUUCGAAACCGAUUAACUCGGCAUAAUCGAGGCGAUGGAUCUGAAGGAGAGUGUACGUCCCGAUUACCGGCUUUCCUGGCAACGGUGAUGACCAGGAUAAUAAAGAUGCACGACGGCAAAUGGAAAGACAAUGGCAUCCCAGGAAUACUAUUGGCAGAACAGUAUAUUACAACAUGUUCAGACAAUAUCGUUACUUAAAAUGGCAGGACUUUUUAACAAUUGCUUUGGAACAUUAAAACAUUUUGAAUUCUUUGUAAAGUGAUAUGUUUUUGACAUGAUAAAAUCGUUAAUGAUUGUGAGAAUAAAGUAAUCAUUAUCGUUUAUAAGAAUAACGUCAUGCUUAGUUUGUCUGAAACUAGUGAAACCGAAAAGUCUUAAAUGUUGGCGUUCUUGUCUUUUGAGGUAUGGUAUUAACAAAUGGCAUACGUUUUGGGAAAUUGCAGGCAAUUGUAAAGUUACACUAAACGAUGUCAUUGAAUAUAACUUUUGACUAGGAACCCCUGAUUGUGCCAUCGCCAGCGUAUGUACCCACGGAUCAAUUCGCCACUUUACUAAGAACUAGUAUAUUGACAAUGCACAACUUUAGUACGCAAUUGUUUCUGGAUAAAUGUAUGACAAUACCUGCAACAAGGUUAUCAUCGAAUUGAAUUAUGGAUAGCAAUGUGAUCAAUAUUUAUCUUCAAUUGCGAUUUGAACCCCACCACUUUUAUAAAGUCAUCACUGGGUUCGCCACAGUUUUAAUGUGAUUUAAAACAUGAACAAAGAAAUAACUAACAUGAAUCGUAGCUGCUGAUUAUAAUCAAUGCAUUUUAAAGAAUACAUUUGUUGGCGUGACACUAAUUGAUACUGAACAACAAAGGAAACGCAAGUAAGCUCGAAUACAAAAAUAGGAAACUAUGAUGUAACUUUAC